AAACCUUUAUUUCAGUUAAGUGACCAGCUUGGUACACAUUGCCAAGUGUAUUAUUUAGAACUGACUGCUGUAAAGGGAAGUCAAGUGGAAAACGUUGUUUUUCAUUACACAAGUUAGUGGUUGAUCUCGCUAGCAAGCAUGUUUUUACAGUUGUGCUAUUCAUAUUUUUAAAUGCUCAGUCUUUCUUAAUUCUAUCACUGGAAUGUCCAAGCCUCUUUUAACCAGCUAGCAGAACUGCAACUAAUGCUGAAUUUAUGACCACUGUAUAGUCCUUCUUGGAACUUCCUACUUCCCACUUCAGGCACAUUCACAUAGCUUCAGCAGUUUGAGGUUUCGGGGGGUGGAGGGGGAGUGGAUGUGCAGAAAAGGUUAGUGCUUGUUAUACUACUUUGUGAAUAUAAAAAUCUUUUAAAGUGCUUUUACCCUUUACAUAUAAAAGCACACAAAAAAAGAAGAGUAGAAUAUACAGAAAUAACACACAAAAUAUUCUGUAUUUUUCACCACUAUCCCCCCCUCCCCCAAAUCAAUCCAGAUGACACCAUUGUAGUUUCUGUAAUUGCACAUCAGACUAAAAAAUGACAAUUUAAAAAAUAAUGUAUUCAUCAUUUUCACUCUGCCACCAUGGACAGAGACAUCACUACAACUCAGAAGUGAAUGCUUUUGAAAAAGUAGGAAUCAUGAAUUGGAGGACAGUUCAAAUGGGUUCGGUAGUUGAAAACCUCCCAGCCAUGAAUGCUGCAUGAUUCCACUUGCUUAAGCAAUUGGGUUUGGGCUUGGCUCCUGCUUGGUGGAAAAAAUCUGUAACCACACUGCUCCUUUGCAGACUCUUGAACACUCCUGGCCUAUACAGUGUACAGUGGUGUUCACUCAAGUAAUUGAUGCAAUCAGUAUUCUUCCUUGUGUACUUCACGUCCUUGUAAUCCUGAACUGGUGUGAUUUCCUGUAUGUACAAGCCGCUGUUCACGCUGUUCUCAAACAUGGUGCAAUGCCGUGGCAUGAGAACGGCUUAGUGGUACUACACAAUGAAAAACAACCGUAGAAAUAUAUCCUGACAGACUGGUUAAUGAUUACCCACUGCAGCGUAUGUAUCAGAAUUAAAUGUUACUCAACAACAGCCCAAUUCGUGUUGGGCUUAGCAGAAGACUGUUUGCAGGCUUUUUAUAUUAAGUGGAAAAUAGAUAUGUAGGGCCUUGAAUGUUUAAGCUGGAAGGGCCCAUAUUGCACAUGUCAUUUUCCCAUGAUUUAAUUGACAGGAAUAGGUUUCACAGGGACUGUUUAUCAGUAUAUUCUCUUAUGUAACAGGAUAUCAAGAGGAUGUGCAUAUAAAAGGCAGCAUAGUUAGCGCAGGCAGUUCCUUAUUUUCAAGACGGAUUGUGUUCUGUGAAGUUCGUACUCAUGGAUUUACAAUACAGAUGGAUGUUUUACUUGUGUGUGCUGGUAGUCCAGUGCUUCACAGAUGACAUCUACACCAAGCACAUGGAUAACUUCAUUAAGGUGGUGGAGAUUAUUGAGUCAGAGAACCCUGGAAUCGGGCCUCUAGCUGUGCUGAGGGGUUUGCGUAAAGCUGCGGGCAUUGACACGCCAUUUAUCCAGCAUUAUCUUGGUCCCCUCAAUGACACACAGAGUCUUGUACUAAAGUCAACACUCACUGAGUACAUCCACAGCGUUCUUAACCACCAGGUGGUGCAGAAUGUGGAGGAAGGUGUAGUACUCACAGCAGAUGGAACCACUGUGGCUCUAACUCCUCUACUGCUGGGCCUUGAGGCUGGUCUGAAGUCCACUUCCUGGCCACGUGUGCCUGGUCUCUACCCUCUUACCCUCAGCAAGAAUCUAGUUCUUUCAUUCCUUCAUCAUUCCCAGGCUGAAUAUUCCACCUCAUCACGUCUAGGUCCUGGCGGAUGUUGGGACAAGGUGACAGAUCCUCAGGUCUUCACUCUUUCUGGUGUGGCCUCCUUGGCUACAGAUGCUCUAAUAAAUGGAGGUAUGGAUGGAAUGAUUUUAGGGAAGCAUGUUGCUAAACCUAAAAAACACCUGCUAACAUUGAGUAGCCUUCUGAGACAGUACUACACCUAUCAGCUGGACAGUGCAGGGCUCGAUGCCGCACCUGCUCUGAUCAGCCAGCUUCGCAGAAGCACCUUCAGGAGGGUGAUCAGCCUUGCCUCACUGAAAAAGCAACUAGCUAGGUCUCUGAGUAUAUAUCGAAGGUUGGAUGAAUAUCGGAAGAAAAACAAACAAAAUGUGGAGAUGGAUGAAGGUCUGAAGGAAUUUGUCCACAGUUACAUAGACUGUCCAGCCAUCAUUCCACGUUGCAUGUGGGAAGCUCAGCCUUACCGCGGUACUCCCACUCUGCUGUCCCUUCCUUUAUCCUUCCUAUAUAUCCAUCACACUUAUGAGCCAUCCAAGCCAUGUCUGUCCUUCCAGCAGUGCUCUCAAGACAUGAGGGCUAUGCAGCGCUUCCAUCAGGACGACCGUGGCUGGGACGAUAUUGGAUAUAGCUUCGUGGCUGGUUCUGACGGCUACAUAUAUGAAGGGCGUGGCUGGCUCUGGCAAGGUGCCCACACCAAAGGCUAUAACUCUAAAGGCUACGGCGUCUCCUUCAUAGGAGACUACAUGUCCAGCAUCCCUUCCCAACGCACCAUGGAUCUAGUGAGGAACCAGCUGGCAAAGUGUGCCACAGAGGGAGGGAGGCUGGUCUCAAACUUCAUUAUACAUGGGCACAGACAGCUGGUGAGCACCUCCUGUCCUGGAGAUGCCCUUUACAGAGAAAUCAACGGAUGGGAGCACUUUGGGGAGGUUAAGCACUAAAGAAGAUAUGAAACAUCUUAAGUCCAUGGCAUUUUGCAGAAUAAAUAUGCCUCAAAUACA